GUGCUGUUCGUUUGUGCAAUUAGUAGACUCCAAGGCGAGAAGACAUGGGCAAUAAGCAGUUGGACGACGUUGCCGUUGAGACCUUCAGAAGAUACCUGCGGAUUCGCAGUGUCCACCCUAAUCCAGACUACGCAUCAUGUGUGGAGUUCCUACUGGAACAAGCAAAACUCAUCGGACUGGAAUGCAACGUGUUCGAGCUGGUUCCUGGUAAACCUAUAGUGGUGAUGCGGUGGGAGGGCACGGAUCCCAAGCUCUCUGCUGUGAUGCUCAACUCCCACAUGGACGUGGUACCGGCCAGGGAGGACCUCUGGGAACACGACCCGUUUAGUGCCGAACUGGACGAGGAAGGGCGGGUGUUUGGCCGUGGAUCACAAGACAUGAAGCACCUCGCCAUCAUGCACAUGGAGGCGGUGCACAGACUAAAGGCGCAGGGCGUCAGGCUCCGUCGCACUGUCGUCAUCACCAUGGUUCCUGACGAGGAGAUUGGAGGUGCCGACGGCAUGGAGAAAUUUACCCAGUCGGAAGACUUUCGUCGUCUGAACAUCGGCCUGGAACUGGAUGAGAGCAUGCCCUGGAUGGAGGACGAGUUCAUCGUCUUCCACUGCGAGAGGAGCGUAUGGCGUCCGCGUGUGACCUGCCGGGGCUUCACGGGCCACGGCGCCAGACUGACGCCUGGAACACCUGGAGAGAAGCUGCGCGUCGUGCUGGACCGCUUCAUGGACUUCCGGCAGGAGCAGCUGGACACGCUGCAGCGGGACCCCGGGCUCUGGAUGGGCGACGUCACUAGCGUCAACCUCACAAUGGUCGAGGGAGGCAUGCAGGUGAACGUGAUACCGCCAGAGAUGAGUGCAGUCUUCGACAUGAGGCUCAACCCGCGCAUCGACUUCGACGAGCUGGAGCGCAGGAUGCGGCAGUGGUGUUCCGAGGCUGGAGACCAGGUGGAGCUGGACUUCCUGCAGAAGGAGGCGAGGCAGCAGGUCACUGACCUGGGGCCAGACAACGCGUGGUGGGCAGCUUUCCAGAGGGCAGCCGACAAGCUGAAGCUGAAGAUACGAGCUGUAUCCUGUCCUGGAACAACUGACGCGCGUUUCCUGCGAAAUGUGGGCGUGCCGGCGCUGGGUUUCUCGGCCAUCAACCUGACGCCGCCGCUGCUGCAUGGGCACAACGAGUUCAUCAGGGUGAGCACCCUCCUGCAGGGCAUCCGCAUCUUCCAGGAGCUGCUGCUCGAGCUGGCUAACGUCCCGUAGCACUCUCGCUCCGUACAGACGGCUCACCUGCUGUGCAUUGCGAUGCAACGACAAAUGUACCUCAUUCACUAUUAAAUAUAGUAUCUACUGCAGAAUUCA